AUGGCUUCACUGAGAGUUGCGGUCCGAGUCCGUCCACUGAACAAGAGAGAAAAGCAGUUAUCUUCGAAGGUGAUUAUUCAUGUGAAGGGGAGCACAACCUCAAUUCAUAAGAGCUGGAAUUUUCUUUUUAAUUUGAAAUUGGAGCCUUUACUUAUCGGAGGGGACGAGCUGAAGGACAGAGGGAAGACAUUUUCUUUUGACUUCUCAUAUGAUUCAACUGACAGAGGAAGCCCCCUAUUUGCAUCUCAGGAGAGGAUUUUUCAUGACCUGGGUUCUGAUGUGUUGAAAGCUGCAUUUGAGGGUUUCAAUACCUGUAUGUUUGCCUAUGGCCAAACAGGCUCGGGAAAAUCCUACACCAUGAUGGGUGACACAGAGGAUAAAGGUUUAAUCCCACGGAUCUGUGAAGGCUUGUUCUUGGAGAUAUCUGACAGAAGCAAGAGUGAUGCUGUGUCAUUCCACACAGAGGUCAGCUAUUUAGAGAUCUAUAAUGAACGCGUGCAGGACCUUCUCAAGAAUAGAACUACGCCUACAGAUGCUGGAUUCUUGAGGGUGAGAGAGCACCCCAGAGACGGGCCCUAUGUUGAGAAUCUGUCCAAGCACUUGAUACAUAACCACAGUGACAUGGAGGACCUGAUCAUUCUCGGCAAUGCCAACCGCACCACAGCCAGCACGGGCAUGAAUGACUUGAGCAGCCGCUCCCAUGCCAUCUUAACCAUCAGCUUCAAACAGGCAUGGUUUGAUGCCGAGUUGCCACGUGAGACGCUGAGUAAGAUCCACCUGGUAGACCUCGCGGGCAGCGAGAGAGCUGAUGCCACACGCACCACAGGCGCCAGACUGAAGGAAGGUGCCAACAUCAACAAAUCCCUGGUCACCCUUGGCAGUGUGAUCUCGGCUUUGGCUGACCUCAGUGUGGGAGGACAGUCAACAAAAAAAAAGAAGCCGAUCUUCAUUCCCUACCGAGACUCUGUGGUCACAUGGCUACUAAAAGACAGCCUGGGUGGAAACUCCAUGACUACUAUGAUAGCAACUGUUUCUCCCGCUGAUGUGAACUACGGGGAGACCCUGAGCACUUUGCGCUACGCCAGUAGAGCUAAACACAUAGUGAACUCUCCCACAGUGAACGAAGACGGCAGUGUGAAGGUUAUCAGAGAGCUGCAGGCAGAGGUUACCAGGCUCAGAAGGCUGCUAGAGGAAGCCAAUCAGGUCUCCUGUGGGGAGCUGUCUUCCUCUGUCAGAGUAGAGGAGGAGCUGCAUCAGAAUGAGGCAAAGGUUCUUGUACUCACCAAAGAGUGGACCAGCAAAUGGGGCGAGACUCACAGUAUUUUGCAGGAAGAGACUGUGGCCCUGAGGAAGGAGGGGAGUGGAGUGGUCCUGGAUUGCCAGUUACCUCAUCUCAUAGGCAUUGAAGAAGAUCUACUCAGCACUGGAAUCAUCCUCUAUCAUUUGAAAGAGGGCAAAACCCUGAUCGGGAGUGAUAAAGCAUCUUGUAGUCAGGAUAUUGUGCUUCAUGGGCCCGGGCUCCUCAGUGAACAUUGUGUGCUUGAGAACUGCGCUGGGACCGUGACUCUGAUCCCUCAGGAUGGUGCACUGUGUUCAGUCAAUGGCUCUGUCGUCACCGAUCCCUGCCAGCUGACACAGGGUGUGAUCAUACAGCUAGGAAGAGGGACCACACUAAGGUUUAAUCACCCAACUGAAGCUUCCCAGCUCAGAGAGAAACGCCAGAGCGGGCUGCUCUCUGCCUUCAGCUCGUCCUUGACUGACAUGUCCAAAUCUACAGAGAAUCUGUCCAAGGUGAUGCUGCAGGAUCCAGGUCUGCUGGAUAUGCUGGCUGCAGAGACAGCAGAGUCCAACGUGCCAAGCAGCUGUCUUACCUCUGCCACAACAGAGAAGUUCACGACUACAGCCAUACCUGGAAAAUAUCCCUUCCCUCACACUAACUUUGAGCUGGAUGGAGACGCACUACAGGGUGGGGUAAGCACCGGGGAUGGUCAUGAUCAGGAGACGGACUUGUGUCAUAAAUCAAGGCCAGGGCUCAUGUGUGAGAGGCCAUGGAGAAAAGCUCAGAGUCAGGCUGGAGCUGCAAGUUAUAAGGGAGAGGAGGUUUGGUCAGGGGAUGCCAGCCUCCAGCAGACAAGUGUCCUGGGCCCGGGUGAUGGAUGUGGCAUGAAGCCAGAGGGGAAUGCUAACGAGAUCCAAGGUGUCGUGGCUGACUGCUACAAGGAGAGACCUGGCUCUGGUGGGAGCUCAUUAAGCAGCAUAUCCCACCUGCAGAGCAGAGGAGGAACUAACUCCAUGUCUAUCCUCCCACAGACCAGCACUCAUUCUCAACUUGACAAAAAGCCUCUCAGCAGUCAGGCGCCCUGCGGUCCACCUGAGGAAACUAUCUUCGAGGGCCAGUUCAGCUGUGGAGAGAUGGAUGAAUCUGGAGGUUUGGAGGAGAUCCCGGGAGGAGUGUGUGAGACAGAGACUGCAACAGGCACAGCUCAAAACUCAGCACUAGGCUCUUUGGUCAGCAGAGUGUCUUGGAUGGUCCAGGAUGCAGGGCGUCUCCUGUGGAGUUCUGGCACAGUAUUGCAGCAAGUCAGGGAAGAGGGACUACAGCCUGUCGGGGCCCGCUGGUCUAGUCAUGUCGUCUCCCUAGUCAGGGAAAGUAAUGUUGUGUCUACAGUGAAGGACAGCCAGGUCCUCUCCAUGGUUAAAGGGAGCUUUGUCUUCUCUCUGUUCAAGGAUAGUCACAUUUUUUCCACAGUGAAAGAACUACCGCUCAUACAGCACAUCCAGAUGGAGAUAACUCAACAACUUCAGCCUGAGGAGACAGCUCAGAUGAUUCAGGGCUGCAUUAAUCCUGACACCACACAACUCCCAGCCCUGACACCAACACAAACCUUUAGCAAAGCAGGAGAAAUGCCAGAUGACACGCCACCAAUCCCAGAGGAUAUCUGGAUAAGGAAUGAGAGUAUCGGUGACCUGCUGCAAGAGAAAGACAUGGCUGAUGUUUAUGUAAAACAAGGGGACAAAAUGAUCACAGAGCUGAUGCCAGUGGAACACAUGAGUGAGCUGGAGGUUUCCCCUGCAUCCGAAGACAUAGGUCAGGCACUAGAGAACUUAAGGACUAUGCAGAACAGAGAGGAUGUCCAAAUCUUCAGUCAAACACUGAUAGAAUUUCCUGAGUCCCUUUCAAACCUGCAAACUCUGCCAUUGCUAGACACGAUAGAUGCUUUAAAUUCCAUCAUCUCCACCUCAGUGAUCCCCUCCCAGAAAAUCGUAGCUCUCUGUUGGCUGAAUGUGGCUAAAUGCAGCCAACCUGAGCCCCGUCCUGCCCUCCUGAUCCUGGCAGAGACUGGCCUCUAUACCCUGACCACUGAGUCUGGGCCCCUAGUUCUGUUCCAUCACCUCCCCUUGCUGCAGCUGAAGGAGGUGCACAUAGGUGUAGCAGGCCACAGUCUGCGUUUGAUGGGCGCUACAGAGGAGAGCAUCCUGGGUGUGUAUACACACAGCCAGAAGCUUACCAGAGAGCUGUGCUGGGCCAUACUUGGUGUCAUCUGCCCUGGGGACAUCAGGGUCUCUCAGCACCCACUGCUACGUGGAGACUUGAUGAAGAUGUCUCUAGACUGUCAGGCUUAUGUACCUGACCUGCUGCUGGAUGCUGGCUUUAGGGUUUGCUGUCAGUUUCAGAGGAAUCUUGCUGAUCUGGUUUACCUUCUUCAUUGUAACAUGGAUCAAAAUACAGUCACUCUGGCAGAGGUGCAGCUACUACUGUACACAAGUGUAGGGGUGUGUGUUAGCCCCAGUGCCCGCACUGAGCCUCUUGCCCAGCUUUUACUUACUGAUACUCACCUUGGUCUGGUGCAGGAGGAUGCUGUCUUUCACCCAACCCCAAGCUCUAUCACCAUAGCGCCCCACCGUCCCCUAUUCCAUGACUUGACGCUUCGUCAACGCUCAGAUGUGCGCUGCGUGCUGGUGCAUGAUGAGGACAAGCGUGGAGCUGUCAGACUGGAUGUAAUCCUAGCGAAUGUGAAGGGCAGGGGUCACCCUGAAAGCGUGACUAAGGUAUCUACCCUGCCUGCACAUGCUUCAAAUUCAUCUCUGCAUGCAGAAGUGUGGAAAUUAACUUUCAGUUGCUCCACUGAGGCCGCCUGCCUGAUUAAUCACUUGUCAAAUGUCUGAUCAAGAACUGAACAGCCAGUAAUGAACAGCCCAGCUUGAAAACUCUCACUAACAGGGAGCAAAUGGCAAAAGUGCAUCCCAUCCAGACAGUUCAAAAGACAGCUUCAACAUAAAAUGACAGUGACAACUAUGAGCUAUUUUAAACUUUCAGUAUUGAUCUGUUUAGUUUUUGUUCGUUUUUAUGUUA